AUGGGGGACUACGCCUGGCUCGUCGUGUCCUGGUACACGUGCGAUACCGUGAAGGAUGAAAUGGACCACGAUAACGAAGUGAAAACGUACAACAAGGAGAUUCACGGCGCGUACUACUCCGUGAGAAAGGCGAAUCGCGCGGCGAGGGAGGCGGUUCGCAUGGCGGACGAGGGGAAACGCGCGAUGGAGGUUCUAGACGGCGAGAGCGACGACGAAGUGGACUCCGACGCGAGCGAGAGCGAGGAGGACGACGAAGAAGUCAUUCCGGAGCCGUUCGAGUACCACGAGAAUAACGCUAUGAAGGAUACCGGCGAACCGGACCUCCACGUCGAGGUGAUCUACCUCGACGUGUUAGACGCGUGA